AUGUCCGACAUUCUCCGUAUCUUCGCAACCGUUCGACACGACCUGCAUGUGGCUGCCCAAGUCAUGGUUGGCUAUCUUGUGGCAGUUCUGGUAGCGGUCCUAUGGUAUGGCUUCCACCACGUGGUCGGCGCCGACGUCGACAGGAAUGGUUGCAUGCACAAACGCGAGCCACAAGUCUCCUGGUCGCUCGACGUAACCUUCGAGAAUCGGUGCGGCGUAUUGCUAUUGACAGAUCCGUUGGCCGGCGCAGUGUUUAUCAAGCUAUGUCGCAAACCUCUUGUGCUUGAAUCUCACUACGGAGAUCGAAACAGUCUAUGGCGCCGGGCUAUGCAAAGAAUAUCGCCGUUCCAAUUAUCCGAUCGUCACACAGAUACGGGGUCUUUUGACAAAGAGCAAUCGGCAGUAGCUGAUCUUGUAGCCAUGAAUUACGACUGUGAAGUAUCACAACUACUUGUGUGUGGACACUUCUUACAUUCUAAAUGCUUAGCCAAGUGGUGGUUGGGGCAUGAAACGUGGUGUCCUGUCUGUGGAAGGGUAUACUGGGAACCGUACGAUCCUGACACCGAGACAAGUACCCAAAUGACUGAUCAAGAUGGCAGCGAGUUUGACCAGCAGUCUGUCAUUGAGUCGCUACCGGCAUCAUUGUGUCAAGUCUGA